AUGGUCCAAAUUCUUAGGUCUAUCUCCAUCCUUUGCUGGGUUGCUUUGGUCAGUGCUCAAUACGGAAACCCAGGUACUACCGCAAAAAGCGCUACAACAACGUCUGUUGUGCCUUCCUCCACUUCAAGUUCAACUGCAGUCCAAACGAUCGCUGUCGGCAAGAAUGGAUUCACUUUUGACCCAGAUACGCUCACAGUUUCUCCAGGAGGGAAGGUUGAGUUCCAUUUUUACCCGGGACCCCAUUCAGUAGCACGAGCCUCUUUUGAGAAUCCGUGUCACCCUACUAUCCAGACAGGGAUUUUCAGCGGGUCUGUACCUGGCUCUAAUGGAGGAUCAUCGACGGUAUUAACUCUGACAAUAAAUGAUACAAACCCAAUAUGGUACUACUGUGGUGAACCUGGCCAUUGCCAGGCCGGUAUGGUUGGUGUCAUCAAUCCUCCAUCGAACGGUUCGAAUACCAUUACUGCGUUCAAGGCGUCAGCAGCGAAUGCGAAUGGCAGCACAGUGCCAGCUUCUGUGGCGGGUGGUGUUUGGGGGGCAUCCACCAGUGGACUUCCAACCAGUAGUCAGGCUGCAAGCGGUAUAUCAUCAAGCAGUCCAACUCCAACAGGCGAAGCGAGAACCUUGCAUGCAUGGACCGAUAUGAGCACCAUUCUCAUCUUUUCUGUACUUGUAGCGCUGUGCAUGAUGUGA